CACUGUCAAAUUGUUCCUUUAGUGGCGUUCUCCUGUUUGUUACAAUUGAAUAUUCCGUGGCAGUGUUCGUGCACAGGAAGUGUUUGUCAAAUGGUGAAUAAAUGUCUGUAAAGCCAAUAAAGAUGCCGUCGGCAACGAAGGACUCGACAAUUCUCAAAAUUGCCGUGGAAAUGCUUAAUGCUCCCGAUAAGGUGCCACAACUAAUCGAAUUCGACCAAAGCCAACCCUUAUCUAGCAUUAUACAGCUGCUUUGUAAGCCGUGGGGCCUGCCCGAGUCUGAUAACUACGCCCUUCAAUUCUCAGAGAGCAACAAUCAAAAUUAUAUCACGGAGAAAAAUCGUAAUGAAAUUAAAAAUGGUUCAGUUCUACGACUAGAGCAAUCUCCAGCUAAGACGGUUCAAGAUAUACUGGCCAAAAUCAAUUCUGGUAAUGAAAAUGACCAAACUACAGCACUGUCGAAACUGUCCACUUUGAGUAGCGACCUGACCUUUGCACUUGAAUUUAUCAACAAAAAAGGUUUGACACUGAUCAUUCACAAUAUUGAAAGUGGUAAGUUUAAAGGUCCCUCCCUUAAGUUUGCCCUCAUUACAUUUGUUGAGUUAAUGGAUCAUGGGAACAUUUCCUGGGAUAUAUUGGAAAAUCAGUUCAUAAAUAAAGUAGCAAGCUUUGUUAGCAACCAAUCAAGUACACAAGAUCCAAAAAUAAUACAGUCAUGUUUAUCAAUACUCGAAAAUAUUGUUUUAAACAGUUCAGGCAAGAAUUUGCAUGUGGAAAAAGAAAUUACAAUACCUAGUCUUAUAUCACAUCUUCAAAACCCAUAUCAAGAUAGUAUUAUCCAACAGAAUGCAAUAGCAUUACUAAAUGCAAUCUUCUCUAAGGCAGAUGUAAACAAAAGAAAAGCUAUUGCAGCCACCUUAUCCUCUAAACAGGUUAGAAAUGUAAUCUAUGAAAACCUCAUUGGAGCCUCAGAAUUCUCAAAGAAUGUUGCAAAAGAAGCUCUAGGCACAGAGUUGGCUCAUCAGUUAUAUGUUCUGCAGUCACUUACACUUGGUCUCUUAGAACCUAAGAUGAGGCAACGGGCUGAUUCACAAGAGCAAGAAUCCCAGGAAAAGAUAAAAGAAUUGAGAAAGAUUGCAUUUGAUAAUGAUAAUAAUUCAUUAGAAGUGACUACAAGACAUCAACUAAAUAACUCUACAAGGGAUUAUAAAAAGCUUGGGUUCAAAUGUGAGAUUGACCCUAUUAAAGAUUUCAAUGAAGUGCCACCUGGUAUUCUAGCCUUAGAUUGUAUGCUUUAUUUUGCAAGAAAUUAUUCCGAGGAUUACCGUAAAAUUGUUCUAGAAAACAGCAGAGCAGUAGAACACGAAUGCCCAUUUGGUAAAACUAGUAUUGAACUAGUUAAGCUUUUGUGUGACAUUUUGCAUAUUUCUGAACCUCCUAGUGAACAAGGACAGACAUAUCAUCCCCUCUUCUUUACACAUGAUCAUCCAUUUGAAGAAUUAUUUUGCAUUUGUAUAGCACUUUUAAAUAAAACUUGGAAGGAGAUGAGAGCUACAUCGGAGGAUUUUAUGAAAGUAUUAAGUGUGGUCCGAGAGCAAAUAAAUCGGGCUUUAUCCGCAUCACCAAAGGGUUUUGAUAAAUUUCGCCAAAGAAUUAAUCAAUUGACAUAUGCUGAAAUCACACAAAUAUGGCAGCAGGAACGAACAAACAGGGAAGUAUGGGAGUCACACGCAAGGCCCAUUGUGGAACUCAAAGAGAAGAUUACACCAGAAAUUAUAGAGCUGAUACAACAGCAAAGGCUUGGUGUUUUAGUUGGUGGUACCAGAUUCAAGAAGUAUUCCUCAAGGGGACAAAGAAUAAAAGACAAAUUCUGGUUUGUUCGUCUAUCACCAAACCACAAAGUAUUACAUUAUGGUGACUGUGAUGAAAAAAGCACCCCAAGUUUAGAAGAACUGGGCAAUAAGUUGGCAGUUUCUGAUAUUAAAUGUGUUGUUAUGGGUAAAGACUGUCCGCAUAUGAAAGACUUGAGAGGUCGAAAGGUGACUCCACAUUUAGCAUUUUCUUUAAUAUUAAAAUCGGCUGAGGAAUCCUUAGACUUUGUAGCACCUGAUGAACAAAUAUUUGACUAUUGGACGGAUGGAAUCAAUGCCUUGUUGAAGGAAAAAAUGACGAGUAGAAGUUUUGAAAAUGAUUUAGAGACUUUAUUGUCUAUGGACAUUAAGGUUCGUCUUCUUGAUGCUGAAGGAAUUGAUAUACCACAGGACCCACCUCAGAUCCCUGAGGAGCCCGACGAUUAUGACUUCUAUUAUGACAAUAAUUAAGUUCAUUUUAUAUUACAACAGUAAUUUGUAUUUUAGUCAGAUAUAUUUUUAGUAAAUUUGAGCUUAUAACGUAAUCAUAUUUUAUAAAGUUUCAAUCACAAGUAUUCCAAGAUAUUAAAAGAUCUCCAUUAUA